CGGCAGAUGGCAGCAGCGGCGCCUCAGCAGCCCCUCAGAGCGACGGAAACUCUCGAGAAGGAAGAAGUACCUCUGCCCGGAAAGAAAAUCGAAAAUGUUUGCCAGAACCGCACUCUCCGCUCGCAAUGUCUGCAGAGCUAAGCCAAUGGGCCGCUCCAUGGGCUCUGUCGCAGAGUUCAAGCCCCCCACCAUGAGUGAGCUGCCUGUCCCACAUGGAUCCUGGUCUGAGGCUUACUCCAAGAAGCAGCGCAUGUAUAAUCUUCAUCUUCUUGCUGGUAUCGCAUUCUCUGCUGGCACAAUUGUUGCCGCCAAGAACUCUGGAUUGGUUGAGUUUGGCUGGGGACCUAAGAUCGGCAAUUAAAUGUAGGGCAGGAAAAAAAAAGAAUGUACAUACACCAGGAGUUCAUUGAAUGUAACUCUCAACAUCUGAUUACAGGGAAGUGGAGACUGGUGCAAUGACUUUUCCUAAUGUUUCCAUUUGGUUGACAUCUCCAUUUCCUUUGAUGUAGAUAAUGCUAAGACUGUAAAUGUGGUUGUAAGUUAUUGUACUUCUGUCAUAAAUAAACUUCUGAUUUAAUUUUGA